CUUUUAAUUAUCUGAACAUGUGCAAUGUUAGACAAACCCUUAGAAAUAUUCAGCUUUCUGCAGAACAGUGACUUCUCUGUGUCGCCGCUACAACCUCAUUCUUCAUUCUCAACACAAACACAAAUGAAUCGUCGCGCAAACCUUUCCCUCUCCACAGCACUCUUCAAAGUCACACACUCCUUUCACAAAUCCCCAAUACCCAUUUCCCCAAUCCCCUUUCCUCCACCAACUUCAAAUUUCCACUCUUUUUCCAAAUUCACACCUACCCAUUUCUCGAUUCAGCAAAAUCUAAGAAAUUUCAGUAAUGGGUCAAGCAACUUUGAUCACAAUAAGGAAGUGGACGAGAUCAACCUCAAGUUUGCAGAAGCAAGAGAAGAGAUAGAGAUGGCGUUGGAAUCAAAAGAGACGGUUUAUUUCAAUGAAGAAGCUGAGUGUGCUCGUGCUGCUGUUAAUGAAGUGUUGUCGAAGUUUGAUGCGUUAUUGGCUAAGUUGCCGGAGAAGGAGAGAGGUGCUUUGCAGAGGUCUAUGGGUCUUAAGAUUGAACAAUUGAAAGCUGAAAUUUUACAAUUGGAUGAGUAAGAUAAGAAGAAUUGUUAUUUUCAUUAUUAUUGUUGUGAUUUAUGCUUCUUACUUGAUAGUUAGUUUAUGAUGAAUUCAAUUGGGAAAUGUAGCUUAUAGAUUAUUGGUAGGCUAUUUAUUUAACAGGUUAGAAUUUUGAAUAAAUGCAUUGUAAUGUAAGACACCUCUUGAUGAUUUACUUGUGGGGAUUGACAACUCACAACUCAUGUUUUUUGUUCAUUUAAACGGAUAUCGCAUUACAGCAUUUA